UCUGCAGAGAAGCAGCGCGCCUGCCUGCUGCCCCCCGACGACGGGCCGUGCCGCGCCCUGGUGCCGCGCUGGUACUACGACAGGUACACGCAGAGCUGCCAGGAGUUCAGCUACGGCGGCUGCCACGGCAACGCCAACAACUUCCUCAGCUACGACGACUGCGAGAAGAACUGCUGGACCAUCAAAAAGGUGCCUAAACUGUGCCGGAUGGAGGCUGACACAGGGCCCUGCCGAGGACACAUAAGAAGAUAUGCCUUCAACUUGAGUUCAAUGAGGUGUGAGGAGUUUGUCUAUGGGGGCUGCUACGGGAAUGGCAACAACUUCAAGGACCUGCAGUCCUGUGUGGAUCACUGUCUGCCAGAGAAAACUGGCCCGUUGUUAUGCUAUAGCCCAAAAGAUGAAGGAUUGUGCUCCUCUUCUGUGCCCCGUUAUUACUAUGACAGCACGAGUAAAUUGUGCAAGGAGUUCAAGUACACUGGCUGUGGUGGAAAUGCCAACAACUUCGUUACAGAAGUAGAUUGCUACAGUGUCUGUAAAAAAGCAGGGAGUCAGAAACCAACCAUCAGCAAGCCAAGAAAUCUACUCCGCAGAAAAAUGAUGAGAAAACUGAUCAAAAAGCCUCAGACACGUAACCCGAAGUCUUAAAUCUAUUGUGCCCUUGAGUGUUUUAAACACUUUGACUUUUUUUUUUUGUAUUCUAGUUUCCACAGAUUUAUACAUUGACAUAUAGUUCUGUCUUUCAGAACUGCUUGUUUUCCAACUUACUUUUUAUAAAGGACUGCAUUUAAUAGAAGCAGAAUGAACCUAAUUAUGGUUCUUCUACUCUGUUGUAUUCACAGUAAUACUUCGCCAGAUACUUAGAUUUCCAUGUUUUUAUGGGGGAAUAUUACUACUGCCUUGGGAGAAUACUUCAGCUGUUAAAAUCAGUUAAGAUUUGAAAAAAGUUCUCUUAAUUACACUAAGGAGAAUACAAAGCAAAGUCUCUGCGAUGGAAUUUUCUUUUAUACAUCUUCUGCUUGUUAAAGAGAAGGAACCUUUCAGAAGUGUGUUCAGAGGUUCAUAGCCCUGCCAUUUCACACUUUACGCUGUCUUUACAGUCUUUACCCUUUACAGUUGCAUUGAUAGUCAAAACCUUUCAGCCUUUGUAACAAGAAAUAUAAACAUAAAUGGUUCAUCCCACAAAAGAGAAUUGAGAUUAGGGAUAUUUUGCCAAAUACUCCAACAAAGACAAUGAGUAACCUGCCUGAGUAUUAAACGGAAAAUGUAGAUGUUACUUAGUUGAAAUGUCAAACAUCAUGACAAAGUCAUGCUCCAAAUCCUCUUGUGACAUAAGUCAGCAUUUCUUUUUUUUUUUUUUAAUUUAAACACACUGGAUGUAUCUGUUGAGGGUCUUGAUAGUGAUGUUUGUGGGAUGUGACUUAAAAAAAAAAAAACAACCAGAAGCUUCUGUAAAUCUCACAUAAUCUGAGGCACUGUUAGAUUAUGCCUUUGGCAAUAUUAUUGCACUUUUAUGUUUUGUGUUUGAGCCAUGUCUGAAUUUCAAUUCAUUUCACCUACAAUGUUUUCUAAUGUGGAUUGAUACGUAAUAUUAAUAAAUUUUUUUGAAGAACA